UAUGGUGAGCUUGAUGUCUGCCAGCGCAAACUCCGACACAGACUGAAGAAGUUUGAAUACAUUUAUGAGGGAGUGGCACAGCACGGGACCCAGACACUUCUCAACAAGGUGUACACUGAGCUCUACAUCACAGAGGGAGUCAGUGGGACUGUUAAUAAUGAACAUGAGGUCAGGCAGAUCGAGACUGCAACCAGGAGGCGAGCGACAGAAGAGAAGCCUAUCAAAUGUGAAGACAUCUUUCAGCCUCAGCUCGGACAAGACAGAUUCAUCAGAACCGUGCUGACUCAAGGAAUCGCUGGCAUUGGAAAAACGAUCUCUGUGCAUAAAUUUAAUCUGGAAUGGGCAGAGGGAAGAGUUAACCAGGAUGUCCAACUCCUAAUUAAUCUUCCAUUUCGGGAGCUGAAUCUGAUGAAGGAGCGCGACUUCACACUGACACAGCUUCUUUAUAAUUUUCUCAUAGAGGCAAAAGAAUCAGGAAUUUCGGAUUUUGGCAAAUACAAGCUUGUGCUGAUAUUUGAUGGGUUGGAUGAAUGUCGGCUUCCUCUGGACUUUGACCGCAACGAGCGCUGCCGCAGUGCCUCAGAGCAGGCUUCAGUGGAUGCACUACUGACAAAUCUCAUCCAGGGGAACCUGCUGCCCUCUGCACUCAUCUGGAUUACCUCCAGGCCUGCAGCUGCAAAUCGCAUUCCUGUUGAUCUCGUUGACCGUGUGACAGAGAUACGAGGGUUCAACGACCCCCAGAAAGAAGAGUACUUCAGGAAAAAAAUCCCCGAUCAAGACAUGGCUGAAAGAGUCAUCUCACAUGUCAAGUCAACCAGGAGCCUCCAUAUCAUGUGUCACAUACCAGUGUUCAGCUGGAUGUCUGCCACCGUUCUGCAGAGGAUCUUAGAAGAUACAGAAAAGAGAACAGAGGUGGAUGCAAUCACAGGAGAAAUGCCCAAGACUCUGACACAAAUGUACACGUAUUUCCUGGUAUACAACUCCUUGAUCAGAACGCAAAAGUACUCAGCAGGACAAGUAGCAUCUGAAACACAGUCCCAGAUGAAAAUCGAUGAAGAGAUGAUCCUGAAGCUUGGAAAACUGGCCUACGAGCACCUGAUGAAGGGCAACAUGAUCUUCUAUGAAAAUGAACUGAGUGAGUACAACAUCAGCAUCACUGAUGCGGCAAUAUAUUCAGGAGUGUUCACGGAGAUCUCGAACAACGAUUUCGGAUUACAUCUGGAGAGGGUCUACUGCUUUGUGCAUCUCAGCAUUCAAGAGUUUUUUGCUGCCAUGUACAUUUUGCACAGAUUCAUCUACUUCAACCAGAACCUGCUGGAACAACAAGAAACCAUCACUGUCCAGGAGGCUCCCAGCGACAUGAACGACCUUCUCAAGAGUGCAGUGGAUAAGGCCUGGCAGAGUGAGAACGGACAUCUGGAUCUUUUCCUGCGUUUCCUUCUCGGCCUCUCACAGACAUCCAAUCAGACUUUGUUGAAGAGAGUUCUGACCACAAUGAAGAGCAGAUCACCAAGAAAUGAGGAUAUUGCUGAGUACAUCAAGGAGAAGAUCAGACAAAAUCCCUCCACAGAAAGAUGCAUCAAUCUCUUCCACUGCCUCAGUGAGCUGAACGAUCAGUCUCUUUUGGAGGAAAUCCAGAACUACCUGAGCUCUGGUAGUUUGUCAGAGACACAACUGUCACCUUUACAAUGGUCUGCUCUGGUCUUUGCAUUGUUGACCUCGAAGGACGAGUUCGAUGAGUUCGACUUGAGGAAAUAUUCAAGGUCAGAGGAGGGUCUUGAGAAGAUGUUACCAGUGAUCAAAGAAUCCAAAGUAGCCUUGCUUAAAGAAUGCAACCUCACAAACAAAAGCUGCAAAGCACUUGGAGCAGUUCUAAGCAAUUCAUGUCUGAAAGAGUUGGACCUGAGUGAUAAUGAUCUGCAAGACUCUGGAGUAAAACUUCUGUCUGCUGGACUGGCAAGUCCAACAUGUCAGCUGGAAAAACUGAGGCUUCCGUUCUGUGGAGUCACAGAGAUUGGCUGUGGCUAUUUGGCUACAGCUCUGAGGUUCAACCCUGCGCACCUGAAGGAGCUGGAUCUGAGUUACAAUUAUCCAGGACAACAGGGGAUGGCGCUGCUGUCCUGUUUACAGAGGGACAUGGAAAACCUC